AUGAAUAAUUUAAUAAAACAUUUAAUAAAUAAGAAAAGGUUAAAUGUAAAUUAUUGGGGUGUAAUAAAUAAAUAUAGUUAUUCAUCAAAAGUUACGGAAUAUGAAAUAUUUGAAAAUGAAAAAAGUUUAGAGAAAUUUCAAGAAUUUAAAGUAAAUAAAAUAAUAUAUCAAAAAGAUUAUAAGAAUUAUAUAAAAUUAUAUAAAUUAUGUAAUCCUGAAUAUAGUAAAUUGACAAUAGAAAAAGGCAACCUAUUUAAUUUUUCCAUUGAAUGGAUAUUUAAGAGGAAUAAUAUUGUAGUGCGUGUAGAAAAUAGCGAGUGUAAAAAAAUAAAAACGUUUACUCAUACAUUGUCGUUAUUGCAAGAAAAGGUGAAUGAAUAUAAUAUCAUAUCUAAAGAAGAAAGUAAUAAAAAUAAAAAAAAAAAAAUAAAAAAUAAUAAUAAUAAUAAUAAUAAGAUAGAUAUCAAAAGUGAUGAUAUCAAUAAUUUAAAAGAUAUAUAUAAUAAUGAUGAAAAAAAACUUACAACACGUGUUGUUGAAGAAAACGGGAAUAAAUGCAAAAGCAAAAUUAAUUAUAUAAAAUUAAAUAAAAUAUGGGAUACAUAUUUAUUUUAUAAAGAAAAAAAACAAUUAGAAGAAAAGAAAGUAUAUUUUGAAAUAUUAAAAAAAUCAUUUCUGAAAGCCGAAUUUUUUGAAAAAAAUAAAAAAAAAGACUUUGAAUUUUUUGAAAAUAUAUUAACAUCAUUAUUAUUAAAACCUAGUAUAUUUAUAAAUGUUUUAAAUUCAUUACAUUUAAUUUUUUUUGUUCCACCUGUUCCUUUACAGGUUAAAGAAAAAAAUGAUACCAGAAAGGAAGCUGUUAAUCAUUUAAUAGAUUUCCAAAUAAGAAAAUAUAUUUUAAAUUAUUUGUUUAAUAUAUAUUAUGAAAAGUAUAUAGGUCUAAAGAAUUUAUAUAAAACGUUUGAUUUGCAUAAAUCUUAUAAAUUAAAAUUCUGUAGAAGAGAAAAUGACACCUUUAAAUUUGUUUCUUUGGAUAAUAUUGAUGUGGAAAAAAGAGGGAUACUCUUGAUUAAGUAUUAUAAGAAUAAUAAAGAUGCAUAUAAAAAAAAUGAUCAUGAUGAGAAUGAGAUAGACACAUAUAAUAAUGACAUACAAAAAAGUGACAUACAUAAUAACCAUAUACAUAUUGAUAAUAAAGAAGAGUCAUCCUUUCUAAUAGGAAUAGUAAAAAAUAUUAGAAAAAUUCAAACAUUUUGUGUUCUUUAUAUGGAUAUAAAAAAAUAUAAAUACAAUGAACAUGCAAAUAUGUCAUCUACAUUAUAUGAAGAUAUAGAUAUUAAUGAUGAAUAUUAUGAAUGUUUUUUAAAUAAUAUAAAUCAAUCAUCGAUUAGUAACAUAAAUACAAUAAUAAAAAAUAGUGAAUUAAAUAAUGAAGAUGAUAAAAACAAUAUAUUACUCUUUGAAGCAGUACCUUUGACAAUACAAUUAACGACAAUCUCUAAAAGAAUAAAGUUGUCUAUGCUAAAUAUUUUUGAUAGAAAAGAUUUUUUAAAUAAUGAUAUUUUGCAUGUUUUGUUAAAUGAAAAGAAAUAUAUGGAAACAGAAAAAAUAGAUCAAGAAAAUGAAGAGAAUAAAGAGAAUAAAGAAAAUGAAGAGAAUCAAGAGAAUGAAGAGAAUGAAGAGAAUAAAUUAAACAAAUUGAAUAGAUUAAACAAAUUGAAUAAACAAGAAUUUAAAUUAAAUAAUAUAUUUUUUAAAAAUUCCAUAAAUUAUAAUUAUUUAAUUGAAGAAGCAAUAAAUAAAUUUUUAGAAAAUAGAGAAAGGGAAAUACAACAAUUGAAUAUUGUAGAUAAGGAUAUGAUAAAAAAAGAUCAAAUCAUAUAUAAGUUAUAUAAAAGUUUAAAAAAUGAUAUAUCUCAAUUUAAUAAAAUGUGUAAUAUGUAUAAAAAAUUUGAUAUUUAUCAAAAGAGUGUGUUAUAUGAUAUUAUAAUAAAUGAAAAAAGGGUUCCCAUACAUUUGAUUCACGGGGCACCUGGAAGUGGAAAGAGCGACCUUAUAUCCUUCAUAAUUUAUAUGCUAACAUUAGAAAAAAAAAACAAUAUUUUUGUAGGUACUAAUAAACACAUAUCUGUAGAAAAUAUCAGAAAUAAAUUGAUAAACUUGAAUUUAUGUUUGAAUCGAGAUAAUAUAAAUAAAUCAGUACAUCAGAAAUCGGAUAUAUAUAUAGAUACAAUUUAUCAAGCUUUUAAAAUAAAAGAUAAAAAAAUCAAACAUUUAUUUAUAGAUGAGGCAUCAAGUCUAUCAGAAUAUAAUAGUUUAAUAUGUUUAAAUUUGAACUGUGAUUUUAUAUAUGCAUUUGGUGAUGAAAAACAAUUAACAUUUCAUAGUUUAAUAAAUGAAAAGAAAAGAUUAGAUAUAAAUUAUUUAAGUAUAUUUGAGAAAUUAAAAAGAUAUGAAAAUAUAAAAAAUCAUUUCCUUUUAAUACAAUAUAGAUUAAUUUUUCCUAUGUAUUUAUUUAUAUCAUUUUAUUUUUAUAAUCAGAAAUUAAUUGCUUCUAAAAAUAUAAUGGACAAUUAUUUUAAAGAUAAUGAAAAAAAAAAAAAAAAAAAUGAUAUAUUUACACCAUAUGAAACAAUACCAAUUUUAUUUAUUGAUACAUAUCAUCAAAAAUUUAAUAAACAAACAUUUGAACAAAAAGUUAAUUAUUCAUAUAUAAAUCAUUUUGAAGCUCAAAUUAUUUUAAAAUUAAUACAAAUACUUUUAUGCUCAACAAAUAAAAAAAAUCUAGCUAUUCUGACACCUUAUACUAGCCAAAAAAUAUAUAUACAAAAUAUGUUAGAAAAUAAUUAUAAACAUAAUACUAUAACAUUACAUCAAAAUGUUGAACAGGAAAAUAAUCAUUUGCAAUAUUUAAAAUAUCAAAAGGUUAUGAAUAAUUCAUGUAAUCCUUUUGAAAGAAACACACUUUUUUCAUUACGAUCAAAUGGACAUUCCACAGAAAUAUAUGACAAUAAUCAUAAUAAUAAUAAUAAAAAAAAUAAUAUGAAUAUUAAUGCAUAUACUAGUAUAUCGAAUCAAAAUAAUAAUAAUGAAGAAGAAGGUUAUAUAUUCGAACAUAAUAAAAUAAAUACAUCUAUAUAUGAUUAUAAUAAUAAUACAAUUAAAAGGACUAAUAAUCUUUUAUUUAAUACAUGCAAUGUUAAAACACAAUCAACUCAUAAUUCAGAAAAUGAAGAAGAAAAUAAUCAAUCCAUUUACAAGAAUGUUCACACCAUUGAUAGUUAUCAAGGUUGUGAAAACGAUUUUAUUAUUAUAAGUACUGUAAGAUCAAAUGAUAAUAACCUACUUGGAUUCUUAAAUGAUGAAAAACGUAUGAAUGUAUUAUUAACUCGAAUGAAAAAAAAAAUUAUUAUUAUAGGAAAUUCUAAUACAUUAAAAACGAAUUUUUUUUGGAAAGAAUUUAUAUCCUUCCUUGAUUUUUUUAAUUCUAGAAAAUCUGUUUUUACAUAUCCGUUACAAAACAUAUUUAGAUGA